GGCGUCAAGUCUCGGCAGGACAUUCCCCCCGCCCCCCUCGCCUUUCUCUUGUCUCGGUUUUGCCAUCUCGAGGACAUUGGGCUCUGUCCACUGGAGAUUUGAGAACUGCAGUUUAAUGAAAAAGUGAACGCUGUACCGGUGUGCGCCCACGAUUGGCUGUCCCGACUGCCGACGGAGGCAGGCCGUGGCGACGGGGAAGUACUUGACCGACAGACCCUCUGGAAUAUCGGAAAAAUAUCUUCGACGCCUGGAUUGAAAUGAAGGAAUUAUAUAUGUUUUUUAUUCGGAAUUUGAACCAGUAAACGAAUAGGUCACCAAUGUUACACGUUCGCUUGAAGUUUACAAUUCAAGCCACUCUAAACUGUGAUGUGGUGACGCGGCUCAACGCGGCUAACGACGGGAAGCUAAUUUACGUUAGCUGAUGCGCUAUCUAAUAAUACAGUGGACAUUGCAAAGGAACUCGGACUACAUUGUAAAGAUGUUCAUUUUCCACAAUGUAACUAUCAGCUAUCCGGAAAAAUUCACUCAGUGCACCACAAGGGGAAGUUUCAUCACUCGCUGGCAGGAGACCGCCUACAACAUGUUCACAUUUUCCUGCCUCUUCCUACUGCCUCUGGUCAUGAUGAUCACCUGCUACACCAGAAUCUUCAUCCACAUCUCUAAGCGAAUGACAAAGCACAGCUUGUCCUCCAGUGAAGUACAUUUACGAUGCUCAAAGGACAACAUCCCCAAAGCACGCAUGAGAACUCUGAAAAUGAGCAUCGUCAUCGUGAUCUGCUUCAUAAUCUGCUGGACCCCAUACUACCUGUUGGGCCUGUGGUACUGGUUCUUCCCAGACCACCUGGAAGGGAAAGUCUCCCACUCCUUGACCCACAUCCUGUUCAUCUUUGCGCUUCUCAACACCUGCCUGGAUCCCAUUAUCUAUGGCCUGUUCACCAUCCGCUUUCAUAAGGGGCUGAAGAGACACUGCCACAGAGGCACGGUGACAUCUCAACUGGGGAGUAACUUGAUGAUAAUGAAACGUUUUAAAUAUUCUGCUGAAAGACAAGUAGCUGCCGUCGGUGUGUAGAGACCGGGGCCUCGUUUCCCAAUAACGAUAGCUUUUCCGAAGUAAAGAGCGUUUCUUGAAGUGUCAAUUGAAGGCUUGUUCUUUACACGAGAGCAUUUCUCAAAGUAGCACAUGGAGCGACAGCGUGCAGUCAUUAUUUACGUGCAUGAGACCCAUAAGUGGUUUGUCUGCAUGGCAAUGAGUCGCUGAACAUUUCUUUUGAAAAUAGUUUUCCCCCUCUCCCUGUCCCUUCUCCAGUAGCUCACCAUUUCAGUUGCAUCAGUUACCAAAGUCAGCAAUUUUGGUUUUUGUCUCUAUUAUUAUUAUUACUAUUACUAUUAUGGUGAUGAUGACGAUGAUGAUGAUGAUGAUGUCAUAAUUCCGUUUUACCCUCUUCUAUGGCACACCACUUCAUUCCAUCGAAAACCUGUUUUAUAAAUAAUGGAACAUAUAAAAUAUAUAAAUGUAAAUAAUAAUACAAAUUUAAUACCAUAGCCUAACAAACCUUAAAAAUCACAAGUUGGGCGUCCGGGUGGCGUGGCGGUCCAUUCCGUUGCCUGCCAACACGGUAACCUCCGGUCCGAAUCCCCGUAUUACCUCCAGCUUGGUCGGGCGUCCCUACAGACACAAUUGGCCGUGACUGCGGGUGGGAAGCCGAAUGUGGGUAUGUAUCUUGGUCGCUGCACUAUAGCACCUCCUCUGGUUGGUCGGGGCGCCUGUUUGAGGGGGGAGAGGGAAUCGGGGAGAAUAGCGUGAUCCUUCCACGCGCUAUGUCCCCCUGGCGAAGCUCCUCAGCUGUCAGGUGAAAAGAAGCGGCUGGCGACUCCACAUGUAUCGAAGGAGGCAUGUGGUAGUCUGCAGCCGUC